AUGGCAGUGACUACUUGCUCCGUUAGCGGAAUUGAGAACCUGCUCGAUAAAGCAGGACUGCACACGCCCAUACCGGAAUACCCCGGUGCCGAUAUCGUGCACAACCCUCAAGACAUCUUCCGAGUCUACCUCGCCGACACCAUCCAGAAGCUCACUGAUUGCGAUAGGCAGAUUGCCUAUGAUGCUAUACAAACUUCCAACGUUACGGGGAUGGGGGACCUCGUAGUUGUUGCUCCGAGGCUGAGGAUCCAAAACACCAAUCAUGAGGAGCUUGCCAAGGACCUUCUUCAAAGGCUACCAAGAGAUCCCCCCUUCGGGUGCCCUAUUCGGGACGGCAUUCGUCUUCAAGUCUUCUUCUCACCAAAUACGUUGUCUCGACUUCUACUAUCCUAUAUCAGCGACAGAAAUGUCUCUUACGGCUAUGAUACAUCCCUGGGACUUGUUGAUCCUGCGGCGUCUGAUAGCCGAAAGAAGAAGGUCAUCGUGGAAUACUCAUCCCCAAACAUGGCAAGUGAGUUCCAGGUAUCUCACUUGCGCAGCACAUUACUAGGCACUUAUAUCGCAAAUAUACACGCCAGUAUGGGCUGGGAUGUCGUCAGGAUGAAUUAUCUGGGCGACUGGGGCAAGCAGAUUGGCCUUCUCGCUGCAGGCUGGCAAAGGUUUGGCUCUGAAGAAGAGUUUGCGAAUCAGCCCCUUCGUCACCUACUCCAAGUCAACCACAAAAUCGAAGAGCUUUUCAAGCCAGAAGUGGAGAAUUGUAAGGCCAUGAAAGCAAAGGAGGAAGAUGUUACGGAGCUUGAAUCAUCAGGUUUGUAUGGUGAACGCGAUGACUUCUUCAAGAAGAUGGAGGACAGAGAGCCAGAAGCUAUUUCAUUGUGGCAACGCUUUCGAGACGCGACCGUCAAGGACUUAACGGACUCGUAUGCACAACUCGGAGUAACCUUUGACGAGUACUCUGGGGAGUCACAGGUUACCCCAGAAUCCAUCGAGGAGGUAGAAAAAGCUUUGAAAGAGAACGGCGUCUACGAAGAGCACGAAAAUUCCUGGCAAAUCGACUUCUCGAAACACGAGGCAAAGGGGUUGUCUGUGGCGGUAUUACGUUACAGAAAUGGAACUACAUCAUACCUUCUUCGCGACGUUGCUGCAGUGCUUGACCGAUUCAAGACACACGCGUUCGACAAAAUGAUCUAUGUUGCGGCGAUGGAGCAAGAGAUGCACUUCAACCGAGUAAUCAAGACCCUCAAGCUCAUGGGAAGGCAAGACCUAGCAGAUCGACUCCAACAUACAUCCUUCGCUAAGAUCAACGGGCUUCCAGAAGAGUUGAAGGGUGCAGCAUUGCUGAGUGAUUACCUUGACGGCUGUCGGUCUAUGGUACAAGCCGACCUUGGAGAGGAAGAAGAGGAAGUGUCUCAUGUUGACAACUCGGAGAGGUCAGUGGACCUACUUGGGCUUGCCGGACUCUUUAUCCAGGACCAAUAUCACAAGCGCAAUACGACUUACACCAGCGAUGCAAAAAGGAUGGUGCCCCUAGAAGGAGAGACAGGGGCAGCUAUUCAGAACUGCUAUGCGAGACUUUCGGAGAAGAUUGGGUCGGAGCCAACCAAUUUCAAUUAUACCAGUUUGGAUUAUACAUCCCUGGAAUCGGAAGACUAUGCUGAACUUCUUCGCAUAUUGUUGCAAUACCCAGACGCAGCACAUGGUUCUUUCAGAACCCUCGAGCCCUCAUUCAUAGUCGUGUACUUACUACGACUAGUCGAUCAACUGAUAACUACGCUUGAUGACGACGAUGAAAAAGAUUGGACUGGACAGGAAUCUGCUGGUGAAGCAAGGCUUGCACUCUUUGAGAACGCAAGGCAAGUGUUCAAUAACGCACUGAAGCUUUUAGGCGUUACUCCUUGGAGUCAGUAA